AAAGUCAGGUCCCUGUAUCCCGAUUAGGUACUCCAUUCUGAGUAAGAGCUAUGAAGUUGUACACUUAAAUAACUCUGAAAUAGCAAGCGUCUCUCUCAGCUCUCUCCUCUGUGCAGAUUACACAGCAAAAGUUUGAGGAUAUGUGUCGCGGAGUGAUGUCGUCACCGGAAAACACAGACGUCAUUUCAUGCGCGACUCGGGCGGGCAAUUUGAGCGCUACAGCGGCUGGUGUUGUGGCACCCGCGUUGUGAUAUUACUGACAUUUGUCAAGACAAACAGAAGGAACGGAUACUUAGCUGGAAAGACGGUCACAAUGGACGAAAAGGACUCUACAAACAUAAUGGCGGAAAAUAAUGGCACACAGCGAAGACGGUCACAGCGUUUGAGUUCUCCUCCGCAGGCUAACAUUCAAAGUGACAACAAAAUGGCGCUGCUCAAACGCUCCAUCACUGUGAGGAAAAUAGCACCCAGGAAAACUGUCGCACCGUCGGAGAACAACAAGGAAAACACACCGAGGCGCUCUGGGUCAUCAGAAGUCACCCAGAAGAAGCCGAAGGUCUCCACCCCUGAUGCUAUUCCGGUUCGCGGACCCUCAUCAUCGGCUAAGAGGAAGAAGAAGGCCGCUAUGCCUUCACCGAUCCUCCCAUCUUCCCCACCACCAGCUUCCCAGCCGGUGGUGGCUGCAGAGGACUUGGUGUGGUCGCAGAAAGUGCGUCGCUCCUACAGCAGGCUCAGCGACAAGUCCUUCAACAGCCCCAACUCAAGAGAGACCAUGUUCGGCUUUGAGAAGCUGACCACCCCGGUGGUGAUCCGGGAGGUGCGGCGAUCCAAACCGGGCCUGGAGGUUUCUGGAUCUUUGUGUGGACUGAACUCUUUUACAUCCAUGCUCGAGGCGGAGGACUGUGCAUCCGAGGUGGACACAAACAUCCCUGGAGUGGUGGUGGUGAAGGAGAAGAGGAAGAGGAGGAAAGUCCAGAAGAUAAACACCGUAGAGGUGGACGCUCUGGCUGCACAGAUGAACGCAGAGUUUGAUGAGGCAGAGGUGUUUGAAUUGGUUGUGGAGUAGAAAUCAUGACUGAAAGACUGCAAAUGACUUUUUUUUAUGCAUGUUAUUUUUAUUACCAACAUGCUGAGAACACUCUUACUCUGGGAGGACAAGACUCACCUGUCAUAUUCACACUCAAAACAUCUUUUUUUGUAUAUCCCCAGCUCUACAUAAUGUAUAUUUGGAUUAAUGAGAGUUCAUAUGUUUGGUUGUUCUUUUGAUGCUCUUAAUGUGGGUGUUUCAGUCACUAUGUCAUGGUGUAGUGGCAAAAUGUAAUCACAUGUGAGUGUUGUUUAAGAUUCAAUAUGAUCAGUAGUUAGACUUGUAAAGGAUCUUCUUUAAUAUGUUAUUAUGGAAGCAUUGAUACAUAUUGGAUUCCCUGUCAUCAGAUGUGUCGUCUUUGUCUUUUUAAAGCUGACUAAACAGCAUUUUGUAAAUGUUUUUUUUGCUUUGACUGUUUCAAUGAACUCUCUUUUCAAAAACAAACUGGUUAUCUGGUGCUUAAUACAUGCAGAGGGAAAUGUGUGACAAUAGUUCAUAAAUUAAACAAUUUGUAAUCUUGACAGCUACUGAAGUAAUGCAAGGUGUUAUAUCUGAUCAAUUUGUUUUAAGUAAUCAGAGAAAGCAAGUUUGACAUUUGAUGAUUUUUUCUGACUUUUUGUAGUUUUAAAAAUGAUUGAACAAAUUGAGAGUUAAUCUACAUGGAAAAUAAUAAUAUUGUAACUUUAAAUCUAAGUGAUGUACAAUGAUUAUUUUCCAUCAGAAGGAAACUGAUGACUGGAUUUACUUUUUUUCAUUGUUAAUAAUAUUUCAAUGAUUAAAGAAUAGUUCAGAGGUCUGACCAA